GGACGACUCUGUUUGUGAAACAUUAGAUGAAAUUUCGCCCAUGCUUAGUGCCAAGGAAUACUCGUAGGAUGUUUUGAUUGGAAUCUUCAUUUUGUGCUUUUGUCAUAUUGUUUUAGCAUGAUGAAGAUCCUAUUUCACCGUAGUUUCUCUUAGUGUGCUAGGACCAUAUGAAGAAGAAGUCCUGUGUAUAGGCAAAUUCAACAUCUAUUAUUUUUAUUUUGUUCCUAGAACAGCAAAAUGGCGGAACUCCGUAAGUUGAUGCAGCAGGCCAGGGAGAAGAAGGCCCAAACGAAACCCCCACCCAAGUUUGCUCGAUGGCUGCCGAAUGGCGAGCUACAGUGUAUCAUCUGCAACGCCCACGUGAGGCACGAAAGUCUCUGGGCUCAGCACUUGAAAUCGGCGCAGCAUCAGAAAGCUAUGUUGGAGUGGCAAAAGAAGGCUUUGCUGGCGAAAGAAAGAACAAGUAUUAAGGCGAAACAAGAAGAAGAGGCACAGGCGAACGCGAAAAUAACGGAGACGGGAAGUAACACGACUACGGCAGGCACGACUGCUAGUACAACAGAGCAGCCGACAACUAGUAUUCAAUUUUCUUCUGUAACUGAGGAGGUUGGAAAAGAGAAUACUACUACUAGAGCACAAGUUGAAGACCCAAAACUACCUCCAACAUCUUCAACAACAAAGGCCACUGGUAAUGGAGCUGUAAAAAGGCCAGCUGCGGGAGGCGUAGCAGAUGGAUACUCUUCAUCUGACGACGACGACUCCGACGAGGACAAAAAACCUCCUCCACCGACGACCAGUGCUAAGAAACAACGAACCGAUGGGCCGCCAGGAGGAGAGCAGAGUUCAGGAACAACAUCAGCAGGUGGCGCGAUCUCGACUGGAGCUACAGCACCAGCAGCACCAGCUUCAAGCCCACCCGCAGUAACUAGUGCCGUACCUAGUACUUCCGGAGCAACAACAGCAAACAAGGCAGAACAAGAGGACAAGGCUGAGCAGAUUAAGCAGCGAGUCAUUGAACGACUACGAGACGAACAACUUCAAAAGGAGAGGGCGAGUAAAAUGAAUGCUGCAGGUGGAGAAGGCUCUUCUUCUAGUUCAUCCGGCAACCAGAAUAUCCCACUCCUGGACAGGCUUGAACAAGGUGAUAAUAAGGGUUCAGCAACAACAGCUGGUGCAGGUACAUCAAGUGCACCCGCCUUUGGUCUAUCAGCAUCGAGCACAAGUGUGAAUAAGACUAGUGCGGGACCGGCACCUUUAGCAGAUUUCGACUUGGACGAUAUAACUUUAGAGGAGUUCCAGCUUUUGAUAGACGAACCCGUAGAGGAGGAGCCACAAAUGAACACGAAUCUUCCCAAUUAUGGCUUUGAAAACUACGGUAGUACCCCGCCGAUCUGAGAAUGUUGUUGAGCUAAGACUAUAAGAAGUAGUGGUUGUUGAGCUAAGACUAUAUGAAGGCCUACUUCUCGCGCUGUGCACUAGUUUGGUGAACCGGUACCCUGGAGCGAACUAGUGGGUGCACAUAGCGCGAGAACCGAGCACUUCUCUGAGGCAUGCACUGGCUUCGGCCGCCAUAGAUGAGAAGACCUCCAGGGCAAAAGGACGAACGCGCGGCGCCUAAAAUAAACGGAUCCUAAUAUAAACGUGGCCACUAAAAAUUUUUUAGAUAUUUGGAAUACCUGACUUUUUUGGUUUUUAUGUUUUCUAGUUAGGUGUGCUCCACCGAUACUAUAAGAAGUAGUGGUCUUUGUAAUAUUAUACCUCUUCCAUUUUUCCUAUCUUUCCUCUAAUCACUGGGUUUUUUCGACGAUGAAGAGCAGGAAGCUGAGGCUUUAGGAGUUACGAAACCCUCAAAAAAAAGGGAGAUGGAAUUCGAGAGGGACUUGAGGCGGAUGGACAUCGUUACAGAUAAGGAGUAUCGCGAGAAUUUGGAAAUGUUAUGGACUUGAUGUUUCUUGUUUUCGUGUCGUAGUUGGUGAGUUAUUCAUUUACACCUUCGGUGUAGUCUGACUGUCAUUUUCACUUUUCUGAGAUGUGAACGUAGAGAUACGUAUCUAUACUUCCGUUGCUUCAUCGAGAUCGCUCGUUCGUACUGAAAUGCUGGAUUGUCUGUCGUCCUUUUUGCCUCACCUUCCUCCUCUAAGCAUAAAGGCCGCUUGGGCAAAAGAGAGGUUCCUGAAACAGCAAGCAGAGGAAAAAGAACGACGUCAAGAGCGGUCUUUAGAACUCAAAGAACUGCGAACGAAACUGGAUAAGAGGCAAAAAGCUCGGAAAAACGAGACGUCGAAGGAUAUUACAGAUAGUACUAGUUGUAGAGACGAGAACGCUGAAGGUCAAGGUGCUGAUGCUGUUGAUGCCGGUGCCUUACUGGAAACAGUAGAGGAAGAUGAACCUGUAGCGAUUCAGAUCAAAGUGGUUGGUACUUCAAAUGCAGCUACGUCAACUUCAAAUGCAGCUACUUUCGCAAACGGAGUACAACCCCAAAAGGAUAAGGAUAAGGAUGAAGAAGAAGAAGAAGAAGAUGAGGACGAAUCCUCUUCCUCUACCAGUGAUGAGGAGUAUACAGGGAUGGAUUGGCGUUGUGGGUGAGAUGUUGACGCUCUCUUAGUACAACUCAGACUCACUCCCCAUGAAAAAUAAACAAAAGAGUCGUAAGGAGAUGAACAAUAUCAAUGAAAAUGCUGAUAUCUACUUCUGAUAUGGAAUGUUGAUAUCACUACACAGACUUUCCCCCACGCCCACGACCCACAUUAUCAUACAGAAUAGUUGCUACAACCACAAAGCAAUAGACCUAAAAACU